ACAUCCCAAAGGCAUGAUGUUUUUUGCUGAUUCAAGGUAAUUUCCAUGGCAUCAAGGCUUCAACAGUUUCAGACAAAGGCUGCUCAGAUUUCAGAGUUGGUGACCAAGAAUGGAAGUUGUUAUUACAAGGAGCUGAUGGAAAAAAACAAGAGCUACAUCAAGGAACCUUCCAACAUAGAAACAUGCCAAUUGUUGGCAAAACAAUUGUUUUAUACUCGACUUGCCAGUAUUCCGAGAAGGCACGAGGCAUUCUGGAAAGAGCUUCAUUGUCUGAAAGAGUUUCUAAAAACAAGGGAAGCAUGGAACAUCGAGAAUGCAAGCAUGGCUGCUUUGAUUGGAGUUGAGUGCUACACAUGGUUCUUUGGUGGAGAAAUCAUUGGAAGAGGCUUCGCCAUUACAGGCUACCAUGUCUGACCCUUUUUUCCACUCCUCAUCUUCUUUU